UGUAUUCACCCCCCGUCUGACAGAGAAGGCACAGGAUUGGUUACUCGCAGUGUAGGGGAGGAGCCUGGGCUCUAGGAGGCGCACACUCAGCAUAUUUACAGCACAAAGCUUUCUGGCUGCCUCUGCAGUUUACAGGGGUUGCCAUGGCAAAGUGUGUGUGGCUGUUCCAAGGCACUCCCUGCUCCCAUGGUAACAGAGUGGAGCAGAAAAUCUCUUAUCAGUGAAUAAGACAUGGCGUCCCCUUGUUGUCAGUGGAAAUGGAAUCCAGUGGCACAAAAUGAAUUGUUUGCCCGCGCGUUUCACACCUGCUCAGCUGUAAGGGACAAGCUGUAUAUAUUUGGGGGAGUAAGAUCUGGGGAGCCCAAGGAUACCCCUCUUGGGGACAUGGUGAUGUUUGACCCUGAGCAGGAGUCGGUGGAGUCGGUAUCAGAAGAGAGUGGAUUUAGGAGGAGUCAUCAUGACUGUGUUCUGCUGGGGGACCGGUGUCUGUGUGUGGCCGGGGGCUGGGACGGAUCCCGCAGGGUCUCUUCAGUUUUCAGCUACGACACGGUGGCAGGAGAGUGGGCGAUGUGGGCAGAAGGACCAACAAAUAACCCACCGGUGGGACUCAGCAGCCAUACUUGUACCAGGAUCACUGACUAUGAGCUCCGUGUGAUUGGCCGGGAGGGAGGGUUACGCACCCAGAGAAGAUACUCCAGUGUCUACACCCUGAGGGUCAACACCAACACCAAAACUUAUUGGUACAAGGAGGAGGCAUCACGGACGGCGUCUCGUUCAGGACAUUCGGCCGUAUUGCUGCCGAGUGAAACAAAACAAGGGAAAAAAGCCGGAUACUCACUGUAUGUCUUUGGAGGUCGGGAAUCCUCAAACAUUGAUACUGCAGGAGAGUGGAGCAAGGAGAAGAUACAGGUGAGUGCAGUUCCCUGUCCCCGACUCACGGAACAACUCUCCCGACUCGUCUCAACAGAGGGAGCCGCCAGAUGGGCCCCCAAAAGCCUCCGGCACCAGUCCUGUGCUGUGGUUGGGCCUUUUGUGGUGGUGUACGGGGGGGAGACGCUGACCAAGAGCAGAGACGCAGUCUGCAACGACCUCUAUAUCUACGACACACGAACUUCCCCUUCCUGCUGGUUCCACUUCCCGGGCUCAGAGCGCCAGCGCAAGCGAGUGGGUCACCGAAUAUGUCUGCUCAACGACCGGCUCUACCUAGUGGGGGGCUUUGGGGCGGACGGAAAAACUCCCUGCUCUGAAAUCUGCAUCUUGGACAUUCUGUAAUUGUAUCUGGACUGGGCAGCCUUGGGUUGUACCACAGAGACUUAUGGGCUGUUAAAGGGGAGCACAGGGAGGAGUCUCAUGCUUUGGGUUCAUGUUCUGUACCUUCCGGAAUUGAAUUAAAGGGAUAUAAAAACCAAA